AUGAAGCCCGAGCACCACAUGCCGCUGCCGCGGGACUACUUCCACUGCGGCGAGAUGGACCGCGAAGAAGAGGCGUACCUCGUCCUCGUCGCUCGCAUGGCCUGCCUCCGACUCAUUGAGACGUCGUACUCACCCCACUCGGAGUGGUCGACCAUCAAUGUCCGCAACGGUGUUCGCAUGAGCAAGAACAUUGGGGUACCUCUUCGCGACGACCUCUUCAGCCACGGGGACAUGACGACGUCUGGACGCCUUCGAAACAGCCGCCCUCGAUCGCCAACAAGUGCGACCGCGUCGUCGUUGCAUCGGGGCGUCACACAAGUCAACGCGACGAUCGAAGAGGUCGCUCUUCAGUUCAAGGUCGACCGCGGUCAGAGCAUCAUGCGAUCCCGCGAUAUCCUCGACACGAUGGUUCUCUACAACCUCACGCAGCCCACUGGCGCGCGCCCGCGAGACUCGAUUGGCAUCACGUGGGCGUGCGUCGCGUCGCCCGUGCCCUUCUCGUACAACCGUGAUUUUGUCUACCUCGAGUGCAAUGAAGAGUUUACGUCGCCCGACGGCCGCCGCGGCUGGGCGCACGCCAUGCACUCGGUCAAGAUCCCCGCCUGUCCACCGCUCGAGGCGCUCAAGAUCAUCCGCGGCAGCUUUUACUACUCGGGCUUUGUCUUCCUCGAAACCAACAAGCCUGGCGAGCUCGAGUGCCACUACUUUCUCGAGAUCGACUGCAAAGGGUCGGCGCCGCAGUGGAUGUCGGACGUCAUGGCACGCCGGAAGAUCGCUGCGCUCUCGAACCUCAACCGUGUCCUCCAAGAGCAGCGUUUGGAGUCCGAGCCGCUCCUUGGCGACCUCGAGCUCCCGUCGCUCCGCGAAAAGAUGGAGUGCAUUCUCUGUUACAAGCGCUUUUACUUUUUUCAGAAAAAGUUCACGUGCCGCAAGUGCGGCGAGGCCAUCUGCAAGCGCUGCCACUCGGUCUGGGAGCUCGACUUGCCCAACGUCGGCCUUCGCCGCGUGCGCAUCUGCACGCUGUGCUCGGCAACGACGCGCGGCCAGGCCGACAUGCGCCUCGUGCCCACAUCCGAGCUCUACUCGGAGCCGCUCGACGACGAGUCCAACGAAGAUGACCGCGGCACGAUGAUCACAGACAUUAGCUGCAGCAUCAGUCAGUACGUGCCCCGCCAACAGCCGCCAUCGUACGGACCGGACACUGGCGUCCGAGCGCCGCCCCGCCACCUUGGCCCCGAGGUGCUCCAGAUGGCGCGGACGCCGCGCACGCGUGCCAACGGCGACACGAUUUCGCUCGCAAGCGAAGAGCGUUUCCGCAUGUACGAGCACUACGGUCCUCAGGAAGGCCAGAGGCCGCCGACACACCGCCGCCCGAGCGAUCCGCCCCAGUACGCGCAUGCGCGGCGUCACAGCAGCAGCGCGGCGUCGUCAAACCAGUCGCUGCCGUUUGGAACGUUCCAGCAACCGCGCGUUGAGCCCUUCCAUGUCGUUCGACAAAGCUACGACCGGUGCGCCGAUACGCUACUGCAGCCCACGAGUGCCAAGGAGGACCGGUACCCGGAAGAAGAUCUGAGUGCGUUUAGCGCCAGCAGUGCGUCCAACACCAAUUCGAACGCGACCGUGAGCCCGAUGCGCCGGCGGCCGUCGGUGGUCCUGCGCAUGAGUCACCCGACAGUGCCCAUCGGCCAACAUCGCAUCAACCCAAACGACGGUGGCGACGAAGGCCUGAGCUCCGAGCACACGCCGAGCGACGGCAACGGGUGGACGACGGCUGGCAGCAGCAACCAGCACGGAAGCCUCCUCACACAGCAGAGCGUCGAGAGCUACGUGAUGCUUGUGCCACUCGAGAGCAACGGCGACCAACCCACGUACAUGAUGUAA